AUGGAUUCUAAUGUGAGCGAAAUCAUGAAUACGGUAACAUCUAACAAUUUUAUUGUACCAGUGCCGCUAAAGGUAGAAUCUAUAAACCAUGUUAUACCAAAUACAUGCCAAUUUGAUUCAAAUACGUUGGACAAAUGUUCAGGCUUCGAACCUAUCAUAUUGCUGGAUGACUUACAACCAAUACAAAGCGUGCCGAAUGAAGGAACCUCCGAAAGCAUCAGAAAGUUGAAUAGUUCGUUGAAAAUUGCCCAAAGUGAUUCUUCUAAGGAAUUAAGUGAAUCUUCGAACAAUGAUAUUAAAUCCACGUUUGACGGAAUUGAAUCAUCUUUAGUUUGCGCUAAUGAAAUAUCGAAUGUUGUUCAAGAUAUAUCAAAGGGAGAAAUAAUUACAAUGAAAAAUAUUCAUGGGCUUACAUUAGAUAUAGAUGGCUCUAAGAAGUUUUUGCCUGGUCAAACCAUCGAUAAAGAGUUUGUGCCAGGAACCAAUGUUAUGACACCUAUUGGUGAGCAAUUUAUUCCUGGCAUUGUUCUUAAUACAGCAGAAGGUCCAGAAAUAGUAUCUGGGCGUAUAGUAGAAGGUCCGGAAGGACCAUUCUUUGCUGCUGGUCAAAUGGCAGAGAAGGAAGAUGGAGAGUCAUCAUUUAUUUAUGGUCAAACUUUCAAAGAUGACAAGGGUAAUAGUAGAUUCGUAGAAGGUCAGACUGUUUAUACUGAAAGCGGACCAAAAUUUAUAGCAGGUUCUAUUGCAACAGAUGGUAAAUUUAUUUCUGGGCAAACUUUGAAUAAUAAAUUUGUACCUGGGCAAACUGUUUGUAUUGAGGGCAUUGGUGAAGCGUUUAUUCCGGGCCGUAAUAUCAAAAUUGAAAAUAGUAUUGAGUUUAUACCAGGUCAAUAUACAUGUGAUGAAACAUUUAUUCCAGGAAAAAGUGUUUUGAAAUCAGAUUCGAGUAGUUACGAGUUUAUUGCCGGACAAUACGUAGAAUCAACAAAUGGAAUUACUGGUGCUCUUGAAACUAAAUUUGUUCCCGGCAUAAGUAGAGAAAAUGGAGAUGGUGUAUUGGAAUUUUUACCAGGAUAUCAAUAUGGAUCUAAAUUUAUUGAAGGUCGCGUUAUUGAUAAAAUAUUUGUACCAGGAAAAACAAUUCAAAAUAGUUCUGAAGCUGGAAAUUGUAGUUUUGAACCAGCAUAUAAAAUCAAUGAUUUAGUUAUUCAUAAUGAUUUAAAUUUAGAUAUUGAUGCAGUGGACCCGGUAAACUUUUCUUUUGUUGAAAAUCCAGAAAAAUCAAUUUCUAAUUUGAAAGAAAAACUGUGCAAAAAUUUUGGUGUUGAAGGUACCAAGUUUUCUGCAGAUAUGGUUACUGAUGGUCAAAUAGCUCCCGGUCGAAUAAUUUUAACCGAACAAGGAUGGCGAUUUGUUCCAGGCCAAACUAUUCAAACAUCUGAUGGUCCUAGAUUUAUCCCUGGUCAUGUUAUCGAAACAGCAGCAGGUCCUACUUUUAUUCCUGGACAAAUAUUCUACACGGAAGAAAAAGGUCCAAGGUUCGUGCCUGGUCAGAUCAUUGAAACUCGUUCUGGUCCCAUGUUUGUUCCUGGGCGAAUAAUAGAAACAUCAGAUCCCAAUGGUACCGCACGAAUUGCUUUUCUGCCUGGAAAUAUUGUAGAAACAGAUCAAGGGCCAAGGUUUGUUGCACCUGAUUUAACUGAAACUCAUGGAGGUGGACAAGAAUUUACGGUUCAGAGUUUUGGCGUCACUCAAGAAGAGCUAGAACUUUUUGAUAUGCUAGGGCCUGGAAACUUAGACCAAAUAUCUAGUGAAUUUGCAAACGGCGAAGACGGAAAGUUAAUAUUUGAUAAACUCGGACCCCAUUUAGAUGAAGUAUCUUAUGAAACUGUUAUUAAUUCAAAAGUACUGCGUAAAUUAGGUGAACAGGGCAGACGUUUGACUAAGAAUUGCCCAGAGUUCGGCAUUGUCGGCGACGGCACAUCUGGGCAGAAACUUGUCUGUUGCGAUUUUUUGGAUGCAGAGUUUGAUGAAACUGUUAAAGAAAUCUUUACCAUUGUGAGCAAGACUUCUGAAAAUAAGCUACACGAAAAAUUAAAUAUAAAUACUCAAAGUGAAUUUGAUGUAUGUAGUUUUAAUAAUAGUGAUAGUAAUGGAUAUGAUUCCCAAAACGAUAAAUUAGAUUCUGACGAAUUCGGUAAAAGAUUACGUGGUGUUGUUCAAGUGUUAUCUAAUGUUUGUCGUGUUGUUGAAGCGCACGGGUUAGAAAACAAACUCACCAAAUGUGUUGAUACUACGCCGAAGUUAUCUAAUGAUAAUAAGCACAACAGCGAUAUUUUAGUUAAUAUUUUAACUCAGUUAUUGAGUCAAAAUCCAGUGGAAAUGACCAUUGGUCCUAAACAAAUUUUAAAUGUAGUAAAAGACCAUCUUUUAAACUCACAAACCGAUGAUAUUUCACUGGUCAGGAUGCACAAUAUGUUAACGGACUCAAAAUUAUUAAAUUUAGUAAUAAGAAAAAGUUUGAUAGAAUGCAAAAGGAUAUCGAUAUCUCAAAAGUUGGGUUUAGAUUUACAAACAGAAAGCCCCGAGGAAAAAAGUAAAAAUGAAAUAUUAUUUUAUCUAUUGGACAACUCUCCUGAGCUAGCUGAAGCGUUUGCAGCUUUGUCGGACUUUGAAGAUGGAUUUUUAAAAGAAAUACUCGCUGAUUUUAAAACUAUGAUAGGAGCUACUAAAGAAGAAAUUUUAUGUGUUCUACGUAGCCGCGUAUUGGAUAGGAUUUUACAUAUGGAUAUAACACAACUUGAUCCAAGUAAAGCAAAACUAAUUCCGCAAAUUUUGCAAAAUUUACAUGAUGCUAACCGGAAGGAUUCAGUCACGAGUACAUCAGAUGAUAGACAGGAUAGUGAUUCUAGUCAACGAUGUUGUUCCGGUAAACCUAUACUUAUUUUGAAGCCUGAUUUAGAGGCUGUCGUACCUAGGGAGGCCACCCGCGACGUAUUGUGCGGACGAACUGCUUAUUCGGUGCUGGACGAGACGGGUUUACGUUACUUCGAGCCUACUAAAUUACGGUUAGAAAGCCAAGAAUUGAACGGAACACAAUAUACCAAUGGCGGUGGAAAAUACGAUAGUCUAAUGAAUACAGAUGACAAUAAUUCGGUCCUCACCGACGAAAGGUCUAGUUUGUCAUCGGAUCACUUGAGUCAUACGCCGAGUCAAAAGAAUGUUGCGGAAUAUAUUAAACAUGGAAAUGAAAUUAACUAUAAAUCAAAUUCUCCUAAACUGGAAGAAAAACCAAUGGUAUCUAAGGAUAUAGUAAAUAACUCUAUUAAAAAUAAUAAAAAUAAAGCUAUUGUAAGUGUUGAAACGGCUUGUGUUCAAAAUAUUGUGAAUAAUAAUCAUAGUGUAACGCAUCGUGACGAGAAUUUUAAUAUGAAUAAAUUUGAUUCUCUUCGGUAUACUCCAGGAUUUAUAAAAGUAUUACAAAAAAAAUUCGAUCUUUUGAGCCAUCGGGAAACAUUUAUGGCGACGAAGUCGUACUCUACUUCGGAUUCCCAUGCUAAUCCUGUGACCAUACAGAUGGGAGAUAUGGUGCAACUUUUGGAAUCGAAUGCCAGUAUCACUCGAGCAAAACGUUCACGAAUCGAUGUCAUGGAAGAUGCUUUUAGCGACUUUUUCGGCAUGCCGGAUCGCGCGGAGCACAGGCUCUUGGACAGUUCUUUCGCCAAGCACAAGUUGUCGGUGAGGCCGCGAAGGAAUCACACCGAUGCGCGACAGCGUUCAGUAAUGGAAGUUGACUCCACAGAGGACGAAUCGACCCGAAUACUUCACAGUACUGUUGAACAAGAAAGAUUUCACGCUGAUGAUGAGAGAUAUCUUGUUCGUUUAUCGGAUGGCAGCGAAGCAUGGGUGCCCUCGAACAUUCUUGAGAAAACAGAUAAGACAACUGAUAAACAUGAGAAAAGUUCGAGCGCGAAAGGACAACAUGAAGCGGCGGCCAGAAGAGAAGCAGUUGUCAAAGAACUGAUAGAAACAGAAGAAGAGUUCUGCCGAGACCUGGACUACGUGGUUACGAGAUACGCCAGGCCGAAACCAGGAAAAGUGCCUAGGCUUGUUCGCGAUAAUUUAGAUGUGAUAUUUUCUAAUAUUGCCGAGAUUGCAGAAUUCCACAAAACAGUUUUGUUGGAAGGUGUGAAAUAUUACGCGUCCGAGCCACGAUUAUUGGGAAAAACUUUCCUGCGUUUGGAACGCGACUUCGAUCGGCAUGCACAGUACUGUCUGGCGGAAACUGGAGCUCAAAGAUUUCUAGCAGAAAACGAUGAAGCCAAGGAUUAUUUUGAGGAAAUUUCUCAAAGUUUGUCUGACGAUAAAAGUCUGACUGAACAUCUGAAAUUGCCACUCCAACGAAUUAACGACUAUCAGCUGCUUUUGAAGGAACUAGUCAAAUACACAUCUCGGCUAAACGAAGACGCCACUGAUCUUAAGAAAGCUUUAGAGUUUAUGCUAGCAAUUCCCACAAGGGCAUUAGAUAACAAAUUUUUAUCAAGUAUAGAAGGUUACCACGGCGAUCUUCGCAAGUUAGGAAGAUUAAUCGAUCAUAACUGGUUUACUGUUACCGCAGCAUCGCCCGAAGACUGGGAAAAGCUGGUUAAGAGUGACGAAAAAUCACACAACGAUCAAAAAUCUGAAGAAAGUGACGAAAAACAACCGGAAUCUUCAGAGAACUCCAAGGAAAGAUACUUGUUCUUGUUUAAGUCAAGAGUAUUGGUUUGUAAAGUACGUCGAAUAUCUGAAGACAGAUCUGUAUUUUUGCUCAAAGAUAUCAUCAAGUUACCUGAAGUUCGUUUAUUAGAACGUCAAGGCUUGGGCGAGGAAGAAAAUAAAACCAUCUAUCUUAUUCAUCCAGCAGUUUCUGGUAACAGUUCUUGCAGUGACAUAUCAUCUCAAAUAUCUGCGCAGGAUCAAAUAAUCACUUUGAAAGCACGAACCGAAGAAGUUAAAAAGUUCUGGAAAGAAGAAAUAUCGAAUUGCGUUAACGACAAAGUUGCUUUGUCUGAUCAUCUACUUGAUGAUAUUCGGGUAGAUCAUAGAUCUAGUGAAGACGAAUCCACAACAAACCCCAGUUCUAAAACUGAUAAAUCGUUUGAUAAAAGCCGAAAGUCAAAAAGCAACGAUUCUAUUGAAAGUGCUGUUAAGAAAUCAGAUUUAAGCAGCGAAAAAGUUAUCGAAACAGAGACUGUCACUGAACUUGAAAAGACAGACAAAAAAGAAGACAGCAAUAUUAUCUUAGAAAAAACAACUGCAGGUGUGAAAAAGGUCGUUGAAGAGAAACUUGUCGAAUCUAGCGAAGAAUUAGUUAAUAAGCGAUCGAAUGACGAAAUAUCGGUUGAUCAAGAUAAUUCAAAGCGUUUAAAAUUAGAAUUAAAGGCUCAAUUUUCUGAGAGUAAAGCAAUUAAAGAGGAAUUUUCUUCGAAAAAUUCUGCUACUGCAAACCAGGAACUCGAGUCAACCGUAAAGGAAGAGAUAAAAAGUUCUACUCUUAGUAGCAAUAUAAAAGAAGAAUGUCUAAGCAAACAGAGCAUAUUGCAAGAAAGUUCUACUGCGUCUGAUGUUAAAGUUUUAGACCAGAAUACAACUAAAUUGAGAAGCUCUGAAGAAUCGAUUAAAAUAGAAAAAGCUACCCGAGAGUCGGGUUUGUUGGAAGAAGAAUUAAGUGGAAAACAGACUUCGAUUAACCGAAGAAGCGAACGCAAAUCGACCGAAUCGCAUAUCAAAGAGCCUAUUAUACAAAGUCCAGAUAGCUCUUUGAGCGAUAAAGCUAAAAAAUCAUUUGAUUUUGGAGUUGCGUCACUAGAAAUCGUCGACGUAUCUGAUGACAAGACAAUUACCUUAGGCGAUAGCUUUGAUCACGGUUUCGCCGUAGUUUCAGAAGUUGUGGAUGAUUAUCAUUCUGGUCGAACAGUUGAAACUGGCGGUUUUGGUAAAUCAAUAAAAGUUGUUGAAGAUCUGAGUGUCAUCGAAGAAGUAUCGGAAAGGACAGAAACAGACCGAACUAUCGUCGCUAGUGAUAGAGGUAUAUCCAGAAGCGGAACACUCGAAUUUGAUAUUGACAAAAUAGUUCACGAUCAGAAAAAAUCUUCAACCGAACCAGAGAAAGAAGUAGUUAUAGAUGCCUCAAAAAGCCCUGGCAAAUUAGAUAAAAAGGUUAUAAAGACAGAAAUUAAAGAAAAUAAAAUUCUUGAGAGUGAAGAAGAAGCUGCAGAAAGCAAUAAGUUUGAAUCUAGUGGAAAGCAGACAUCGAAGGCAGAAACGUCUGCUUCCAGCACUAGGGAAGAAAUCGUUCGCCAGACUAGCAAAGACUCAAAUAAAAUAUCAGAAGAAGACAAGAUGUCAGGAAAAUAUUCAAUGAAGUAUUCUGCAUCCAGCCAUGUUGAAGAGUAUUCUUCUACCACCGUUUCAUCUGUGUCCGGAGGAGAGGAGCACGUGUCGUCGUCCAGUUACCAUCACCAGCAAUCGGCUGCUGCUUCGGCGGCCGUAGGGUUCGGAUCAACGGGCACUCGCACGGCCAUCGAAGGAUCGCGCCAGAUGAAUGGACACAGCGGGGAUACCGUUUUUUCGAAAACUAUUGAAGGAUGCAGCAUCGAACCUGGUGAGAACGCAAAGUUUUCAUUUACAUUGCGUGAAUCUGAUAGCAAAACUUCGACCGGUUGGCUGAAGGACAAUCGCCCCAUGGAAGACCGCCUGGCCGAUAGAGUCAUCACCAGAACAAGUAACGAUUCCUUGACUCACGAAUUGGAGUUGCAGCACUGCUCCCAAAGUGAUUCGGGUGUCUACACCGCCAUAAGAAAGAACGACAGCGGUGAAAUUGUGGCCAGUUGCAGUGCUCACCUUAAUGUACAAGCUUUGACACCAGAGCAAAGAAAGAAAUUAGCCGAAGAUAAUAUGCCAUAUUUCUUAGUUCGUUUACAUGAUACUGAAUUGUUGGAGAAUACCUACCUCAGAUUCAUGGUGAAAGCUAAAGGCACUCCUAAACCAAAUGUUAAAUUCUUCAAAGAUGGAGUAGAAAUUUCGGAAAAGAAUGAACGCAUGCAAAUCAUUCGAGAUCAUUCUGAUACUGGUUUCUAUGAAUUGGUAAUUCCGACUGUAUCCAAAGUUGAUGAAGGCCGGUACUCUUGCGUUGCAGAGAAUCAGUACGGUCAGGCCGACUGUGAAGCAGUCGUUACAGUGACAGAACACAAAGACUUGUUUGCUGAUUUGACCGGUGAGUUACCAUCAGACGGAGAAAAACCAAACUUCGUAUGGAAGCGCGAUGGUAAACCAUUUGAUCCUGAGGAAAGAUUCAAAGUGCUGUUAGGUGACGAUGAAGAUUCUCUAGCUCUUGUAUUCCAGCAUGUCAAACCAGAAGAUGCUGGUCUUUAUACUUGUGUUGCUCAGACAAGUACUGGAAAUAUAUCCUGCAGCGCUGAACUCACUGUCCAAGGAUCAGUGAAUCAACUAAUGCGUGAACCAGAAAAACCACGACUUGAAAUUGAAACCAAGGAAGCAGAAGCCAAUCUUGGUGGUUCGGCUAUGUUAGAAUUACAAUGUAAAGGUUUUCCAAAACCAGAAGUUUUAUGGCGUCACGAAGGCAAAAUUGUCGAACCAGGCGGAAGAUACAAAUUUUUGUAUGAAGAUGCUGAGAGCAUGUCAUUGUUGAUUAAGGGAGUAACAGCUGAAGAUGCUGGAGCUUAUACUGUCACAGCCACCAACGAACUCGGCGAAGACUCUGCAGAAAUGCAUCUUACUGUUAAAAUGCCACCUAAGUUGAAAAAGAAAAUAGAAGAUCAGACAGCAAUGGCCGAAGAAACCAUUCGUAUUAAGUUGGAGUUGGAAGGUACACCAGAACCUGUGGUAAAAUUCUAUAAGGAUGGACAGGCCAUAUCAGAAUCCGAUCGGAUUAAAAUUGUCAAGGAAGGCCAGGAGCAUAUUUUGGUUAUUGAAAAAUCUAAGCUAUCAGAUUCUGGUUCUUAUUCGGUUGUUGCCUCAAAUGAAAUUUCUCAGAUUAGCGAGUUCUUCAAUGUCAAAGUUAACUCAAAACCUAAAUUUUUGGAAAAGCUCGGAAAGGAUGUGGAUUGUGAUCAAGGAGAUUCAAUCACUCUUAAGAUAAAAAUUGAGGGUGAUCCAGCACCAACCGUCAAGUGGACAAAGAAUGGCACUGCAAUUUCGUCGAGCGAUGAUUCUGUAACUAUGUCAUCAUCCAGUGAUGGUCAAACUUAUACAUUGACUAUUAAGAAAGUAAAGACUACUGAUGCCGGUUCUUAUGGCGUUGUCAUUGAAAACAAAUACGGUUCUGAAAGCGAUUCUGUGCGCGUCAAUGUCCGCAUGAAGCCUGAUUUUGAUCAAAAACUCAAGGAUAUCCAGGCAAACGAAGGAGAUUUAAAUCUUGUGUUAGAAGUAUCAGUCCGUGCCUAUCCUGCACCCAAAGUCACAUGGUACCUUGAUGAUUUAGAAAUUACUGAAAAGAGAACUGAAUUUGAAAGGAUUGAAGAAAUUAAAGAUGGAAGUUAUAAGCUUAAAGUUAAAGAAGUUACUAGUGAAAUCAAAGGAAAAUACAAAUGCCGUGUAGAAAAUCAGUACGGUCAUGAAGAAUGUGAAGCUAAUUUAACUGUUAAUUAUAAGCCAAAGUUUGUGAAAAAAUUGCCAGAGAAAACAGCUGUGGAUGAAGGUACUACUUUACAGCUGGAAGUUGAAAUUUCUGCUUUCCCUGAACCAACGGUGAAAUGGUCGCGAAACGGCAGCGACAUUUCGACGGACGCUCGUAUCAAAAUUACUCGGUCAAAACAUAGAGAGGAGGUGUACAAUUUGACACUUGAUUUAAUCAAAGGUGAAGAUUGUGGUGACUUCCAGGUGACAGCGGAGAACAAGAUGGGCAAGGUGGUCAGUUCGACGAAAGUUACCGUAUCGACCACCGAGAUUCAAGAAGAACAUACUGUUGAAGAAGAAAAAGAAUUGGUCAAAGAACCUAUUGAAGAAGUUAUGGAAGAGCCCAUUAAACUUAAAAUAUCCGACGAUUUGGGCGUGAAGCAAAACGCUACUGAAGAAGCCGCCCCUAAAAUCACAUCUACGAUGUCCGACGGUUCCGUAUACGAAUCGCUCGGAAUGAACUACUCUGUGACUGUGGACGCUGAACCAGUCGCCGAAGUCGUUUGGAAAAAGGAUGGAACUGACAUCAAAGCUGAUGGAAAACGUGUGAAAAUUUCAUACGAUGAAAAAACAGGCGCUUGCAAAAUGGAAAUUUUAAAUGUCAAGCAAGAAGAUGCCGGUGUAUAUAAAUGCGUUGCUAAAAAUAAACUCGGGCAAGAUGAGAAACAAGCGAAACUGGAUGUUAUACCUGAGAGUGAACUAAGGAAACCUAAAUUCACCAAACUUUUGAAGGAUACCAAAGCACCUAAAGGAUCUCAAGCAACCAUGAACGCUGUUUUAACUGCAGAUCCUGUUCCUGAAGUCCAGUGGUUCAAAGGCGACCAUCAGGUUACUUCUUCCGAUGAAUGUAAACUGACAGAGGAAGUAAAAGACAUCAAAGAUGGCUUGAAAGAAUGUAGCUAUACACUUACUAUACCCGAAGGCAAGCAUUCAGACUCUGCAGUCUACAAAAUAAAGGCUAAGAAUAAAUUUGGCUAUGAUGAAGCUUCCGCUCGCCUCGAUAUCCAAUUGAAACCUGAAUUAGGUGUUCUGAAAGACCAAAGUUGUCUUCCUGGAGAGGCCACCGAGUUUGCUAUUAAUAUUCAAGCAAAUCCUAAACCUAAAGUGACAUGGACUAAGGGUGGCAAUGAUUUAUCCAAGGAUAAGACAUGUGAAGUUGAAGAAGAUUUGAGUACAGAAAUGUAUCGUUUAAAAAUUGCAAGAGUGGAAUUACCUCACGAUGGCAGCUACCGUGUCACGGCUGUUAAUGAACAUGGUGAAGCCAGUAAAGAAGUAGCACUAUCUGUUUAUACCGAUCGUCCCAAGUUUGCAAAACAACUGGAAGACCAGACAAUCAAAGAUCGUGACUACGCAUGCAUGAAUGUGAGGUGCAGCGGUGUACCAGAGCCGCAAAUUAAAUGGUAUAAAGACGGAGUCGAACUCACCUCCGGCGAGAAGGUCAAGAUAACCACAACCACUGAAGCCCAAGUAUCGAGCAGGCUUGAAAUUGAACAUUUCUCAGUCAAUGAUGUAGGAAAGUAUACAGCCAAAGGUAGCAAUGUUCUCGAUAGCACGGAAACAUCCUGUGCAUUGAAAAUGGCUCAGAUUCCUCCAUCAUUCACUAAAAAACCUGAUAAGUGUGUUGAUGUCGACGAAGGAAGCCCGCUGGAGCUCGUUGUUAAAGCUGAUGGUAGCCCAAUACCAACAGGAAAAUGGUUUAAAGAUGGUCAGCCUUUGGAACCCUCUGAUCGUGUUAAAUUGGUAUUUACACCUGAUGGUAUGAUGAAACUAUUGAUAGAUAGCGCAAAAGCUACUGACAGUGGUGCUUAUAAAGUUGAACUUGAAAAUCCUAAUGGAAAAACACAAGCCCAGUUCGCUGUCACAGUUAAACCCAAAUCGCAAAAACCAUUACUGUUGAAGCCUUUGAAAGACUUAAAGGUAACAGAAGGUGAACCAUUAGAGCUCGAAGCUGAAGUGUCUGGUUUUCCAUCACCCGAAAUUGUCUGGUUCAAGGAUGGUGUACCAUUGCGACCAUCACAGUCUGUAAAGUUAUUCUUACCGUCAGGUUCGGCUAAAGUCGAAGUUUUACCCAGGCCUCGUAGACCAGGUUUUACGCGAGAGCUCAUGCCUAUGUCUGCCGUCGAAGGUUAUCCGGUUAAAAUGGAAGUUAAAACUACCGGCCAUCCUGAACCAAAAGUCAAAUGGAUGCAUAAUGGUCAGGAAGUCGUACCAGAUGGUAAAAAUAUUAAAAUGGUGUCGACACCAGAUGGUGAUGGUGUGUUACAUGCAUUGGUUAUCGAGUGUGCAAAACCAGGAGAUGCUGGGCCAUACGAAGUUGUUCUGACCAACGAUAAGGGAGAGUGCAGAAGCAAAGGUGACUUGGAUGUAUUAGGAAAAUCUAAUACUGCUGCUCCUGAAGAAACACCCAGCUUUGUGCAUGCAUUGCGUGAUGUAACUGUUGAUGAAGGAGAACCACUAUGUUUGAGCGCUCCUUUCAAAGGUAAUCCAAUUCCGGAAAUAGAAUGGUCUAAAGAUGGAUUGCCAUUGACAUCAACACCUCCAAUCUCUUUUGGAUGCGAUGGCCAGAGACUCAGUCUAGAAAUUAAACCAUGCGGAUUGGAGCAUGCUGGAACCUACGCGCGAAGAAACUUGUCAGGCCAAAGCAACUGUUCGUAA